CCUUGCCGACCCUGGACCCCUCCCUUGAUACCUGAGUCACAAUGGCAGAGCUGCCCACAGCGGAGAUGCCCAGGGACCCUGCCCUGUGCAGCGGGCGCUUCACCAUCAGCACACUCCUUGGGGGUGACGAGUCCCUGCCAACAGCGGCCUAUGACACCAGCCACCCCAACCACCUGACCCACGGCAGCACCCUCUACAUGCGCACCUUCGGGUACAACACCAUCGACGUGGUGCCGGCCUACGAGCACUAUGCCGACAGUGCCCUGCCCGGCGAGCCUCGGAAGAUCCGGCCCACGCUGGCUGACCUGCACUCCUUCCUCAAGCAGGAAGGGAGCCACCUGCACGCCCUGGCCUUUGACAGCCAGCCCAGCCACGAGCUGACCGAUGGGCUGGUGGAGGAUGAGGCGGGCACCCAUGGUGAGACGAGCCCCGGGGAGCCUGUGCGCUUCGGCUGGGUGAAGGGAGUGAUGAUCCGCUGUAUGCUCAACAUUUGGGGUGUGAUCCUCUACCUGCGGCUCCCCUGGAUUACGGCGCAGGCGGGCAUUGUCUUGACCUGGAUCAUCAUCCUGCUCUCGGUCACGGUGACCUCCAUCACUGGCCUCUCCAUCUCUGCCAUCUCCACCAAUGGCAAGGUCAAGUCAGGUGGCACCUAUUUCCUCAUCUCCCGGAGCCUGGGCCCAGAGCUGGGGGGCUCCAUUGGCCUCAUCUUUGCCUUUGCCAACGCCGUUGGUGUAUCCAUGCACACCGUGGGCUUUGCAGAGACUGUUCGGGACCUGCUGCAGGAGUACGGCGUGCCCAUUGUGGACCCCAUCAACGACAUCCGAAUCAUUGGCGUGGUCACCGUCACUGUGCUCCUGGGCAUUUCCCUGGCUGGCAUGGAGUGGGAGUCCAAGGCUCAGGUGUUGUUCUUCCUUGUCAUCAUGGUCUCCUUUGCCAACUACUUGGUGGGGACACUGAUCCCCCCAUCUGAGGACAAGGCCUCCAAGGGCUUCUUCAGCUACCGGGGAGACAUUUUUGUCCAGAACUUAGUGCCUGACUGGCGGGGUAUUGAUGGCAGCUUCUUCGGAAUGUUCUCCAUCUUCUUUCCCUCUGCCACCGGCAUCCUGGCAGGAGCCAACAUCUCCGGGGAUCUCAAGGACCCUGCCGUGGCCAUCCCCAGGGGAACUCUGAUGGCCAUUUUCUGGACCACCAUCUCCUACCUGGCCGUCUCAGCCACCAUUGGCUCCUGUGUGGUCCGGGAUGCCUCUGGGGACCUGAACGACACGGUGACCUCUGGCCUGGGUACUUGUGAGGGGCUGGCCUGCAACUAUGGCUGGAACUUCACCAAGUGCUCCCAGCAGCACAGCUGCCGCUAUGGCCUCAUCAAUUACUACCAGACCAUGAGCAUGGUGUCAGCCUUCGCACCCCUGAUCACAGCCGGCAUCUUCGGGGCCACCCUCUCCUCUGCCCUUGCCUGCCUCGUCUCAGCUGCCAAAGUUUUCCAGUGCCUGUGUGAGGACCAGCUGUACCCACUGAUCGGCUUCUUUGGCAAAGGCUACGGCAAGAACAAGGAGCCUGUGCGCGGCUACCUGCUGGCCUAUGCCAUCGCCGUGGCCUUCAUCAUCAUUGCGGAGCUCAACACCAUUGCCCCAAUCAUCUCCAACUUCUUCCUGUGCUCCUACGCCCUCAUCAACUUCAGCUGCUUCCACGCCUCCAUCACCAACUCACCCGGGUGGAGGCCCUCGUUCCAGUACUACAGCAAGUGGGCGGCGCUCUUUGGGGCAGUUAUCUCCGUGGUCAUCAUGUUCCUGCUCACCUGGUGGGCGGCCCUCAUCGCCAUUGGAGUCGUCCUCUUCCUCCUGCUCUACGUGAUCUACAAGAAACCAGAGGUGAACUGGGGCUCCUCCGUGCAGGCUGGCUCCUACAACCUGGCCCUGAGCUACUCCAUGGGCCUCAUUGAGGUGGAAGACCACAUCAAGAACUACCGCCCCCAGUGCCUGGUGCUCACAGGCCCCCCCAACUUCCGCCCGGCCCUUGUGGACUUUGUGGGCACCUUCACCCAGAACCUGAGCCUCAUGAUCUGUGGCCAUGUGCUCAUUGGUCCCCACAAGCAGAGGAUGCCUGAGCUCCGACUCCUGGCCAAUGGACACACGAAGUGGCUAAAGAAGAGGAAGGUCAAGGCCUUCUACUCAGAUGUCAUCGCUGAGGACCUCCGCAGUGGUGUCCAGAUUCUUAUGCAGGCCGUGGGUCUGGGGAGAAUGAAGCCCAACAUUCUUGUGGUGGGAUUCAAGAAGAACUGGCAGUCUGCUCACCCGGCCACAGUGGAAGACUACAUCAGCAUCCUACACGAUGCCUUUGAUUUCAACUACGGCAUGUGCAUCAUGAGGAUGCGAGAGGGGCUCAAUGUCUCCGAGGUGAUGCAGGCUCACAUUAAUCCUGUGUUUGAUCCAGCAGAGGACAGCAAGGGAGCCAGCACCGGCGGGGCCAGGCAAUCUGUGUCUGGCACAUUGGACCCCGAGGCUCUGGUGUGGGAGGAGCAGGCCAGCACCAUCUUCCAGUCAGAGCAGGCCAAGAAGACCAUUGACAUCUACUGGCUGUUUGACGAUGGAGGCCUUACGCUCCUCAUCCCCUACCUCCUCCACCGCAAGAAGAGAUGGGCCAAAUGCAAGAUCCGUGUGUUCGUCGGGGGCCAGAUCAACAGACUGGACCAGGAGAGAAAGGCGAUCAUUUCUCUGUUGAGCAAGUUUCGACUGGGAUUCCAUGAAGUUCACAUCCUUCCUGACAUCAAUCAGAAGCCGAAUGCUGAGCACAUUAAGCGGUUUGAGGACAUGAUUGCACCAUUCCGCCUAAAUGAUGGCUUCAAGGACGAGGCCACGGUCGCAGAGAUGAGGCGGGACUGUCCCUGGAAGAUCUCAGAUGAAGAGGUCAAUAAGAACAGAGUCAAGUCCCUUCGGCAGGUGAGGCUGAAUGAGAUUCUGCUGGAUUACUCCCAGGAUGCUGCCCUGGUCGUCAUUCCAGCACCUGAGUAUUCUGCAGGACAGCUAGGCAGCCUGCUGAACCUGUAUGUAUACUUUGUAGCCAGGGCCAACAGCAUAAUUUGUAGGGCCUUGUACAAUAGGAAAAUGUGUGGUGCUGUGCUACAUCAGUAAGACUGUGGCGACGUGGUCCUCCUUUAAAACAAGGCCAGCUCCCUCCCAUUCUCACUUGGAUGUGUGGUGAGAAAGAAAGGAGGAGGAGUGGAAGUGGAACAGCAGAGCACAGUUGGACCAUUGUCCCGAUGGGUGAUGUGGGUAUGCAAGCUCAAGGUCAUGAUUUUCCAUGCGUAUCUGCUUGAAUGGUCCCAUAAAUCUGCAAAGUGUACUCUGUCGUGGAGAGAAACCACACUUGUAAUACUGUGAGCAAUUAGGGUCGCAUGAAGCUUGCAUUUCUCUGGAGAGAAGGUGUUGAAUUUAACACACCAUUGCACUUGGUAUGUGUGCUCAUGUAGAAGGGACCUGAGCCCUGGGAUAGGACUCAUGCCUGGCCAUGUCACCAUCUGACCUGCUCUGCAAAGGCCAGGAUCUAAGGACACUGGUUUCCUACAAAGAGGCCUCUAGGCCGAUAGCCACUGAGAAGACCAUUGGAACCUCCUCCUCCUACCGCUUCACCGGCACAACUCCUGUAUGGUCGCUCAAAUCCGCCCCAGUGUUGCCGAGACCCUCUUUCAAGGGAGUGCCCUUUCAGAAGAUCAAAAUGGCAAAUGGGUUCAAACCAAAGAUGCCCAGUGGCUUUUAGCAGACACACAAGAAAGUAACAGAUGAAACCAGAGGGCAUUCAGCUCACUGGGUACUGCUGACAGGCAGGAGCUCAGCAGCUAGCCUGAGACCUACUGGAGAGGCUUCUGUUCUGUCAGUCUCAUCUUCAAGGCCCAUGAGGAUUCAAAGGCUACUAGUAGCAGUUACUCCACAUUGACAAGAUAGCAGUAGCAUUUUCCCCUGCCAAAUAGCAGAGUUUGGUCACCAUCAGAGUGGGCCAAGCUAUUAGAAACAUGCUCGGAUAUAUGGGGCAAGGUGGCACCUGCCUGAGGUCCCAGCUACUCAAGAGGCUGAGGCAGGAGGAUUGCUUAAGCUCAGGAAUUCAAGCCAGUCUGGCCAAUAUAGUGAGAGCCCCCCACACACACACCUCCCCGCAAAGGGGAAGGAGGAAAGAAAGAAAAGGAAGAAGGGAGGACAGAGGGAGGAAGGAAAAAAGCAGGGAGGAGUAUACUCCCAUGUACUCUCUGUCAGGGUUUAGGAAUUGUGUCUUAGUCCAUUCAGCCUGCUGUAACAAAAUGCCAUAUACUGGUGGGGGUGGGGAGACUUAUAAACAAUGGAAAUGUAUUUAUCACAGUUCUUGAGGCUGGGAAACCCAGGAUCAAAGCACCAACACAUUCAGCAUCUGUUGAGGGCCAGCUUUCUGGUUCAUAGAUGGCGCCUUUCUGCUGUGUCCUCACAUGGUGGAAGGAGCAGGGAGCUCUCUGGAGCCUCUCUUGUAAGAGCACAAAUUCUAUUCAUGUGGGCUCCACCCUCACAACCUAAUCACUUCCCAAAGGCCUCACCUCCUAAAAGCUAAUACCUAAUACCUCCACCCUGCGGGUAUGGAUUUCAACGUUGACUUUUGGGGGACACACCAUACUCAGACCACAGCAGAUGGUUAUGACUGACUUUGGUCCCUCCUAGCCACUUUGCACAUGCAGUAGGUUGUACAGAAUACUCAACGAUUUCUGACACCCCAGUAGCAUAUCUCUUUAGCAGAGGAGUGGAAGAGCACAGAAAGCUGACCACAGAAAGCAGUUGCCAGUCUUUUCCUGGGAUUCAGCAUGUCCCCUGACCCCAGAUGUCACCAGCACCUGUGUGCGUUUUUCCAUAGGGAGAGCUCACUUUAUGCCCCGCUCAGACAGUGACAUCAUUUACACUGCAGUCAGCUGAGCUGAACUUUCACUUGCAGUGCUUUCCUGUGUCACUUAAGGCAUUGAAAAAAAUGUCAAAGUGGUGACAACAGUGCUUUCAGCCAAGGGUGGCCCCUUCUGAGCACAGGCCCUCUGUGGCUGCAUAGUUUGCUGAUUCUGCUGCAACAGUGGUUUCCCAGGGUUCCCUCCCAGUUCAGGGAGAUCAUUUUUUUUUUUGCAAUGAAUGUGUUCUCUGUUUGCUUGAUUUGAGAAGCGUGAUAAGAAAAGGCUGGGUUUAGCCCCCCGCCUCCAGCCAACACCCAGCAGAGAAUGUUCUAGGGUAAGGUUGGUCCCAGAUACAGAUGGGGUCAGAAUGCAAGACAGUGGCUCCAUCCUGUCUGGUGGCCCCAGGCUUCUUGGUUGGGGAGCCUGGCAUAUGUGCCCCUUGGUGUACACUUGUGUGUCAACCACAGCUUCAUAAACUCUGCCUCUCUUCAGAGAAACAGGUUUUUGCUUUGUCUCUAUUAGGUCACUAUGUGUUCUUGGAUAAGUGACCUCACAUCUCUCUGGCCUUGGUUUCCCUAAAGAUCAAAAAAGUCACAUUGAAGUAUUCCCAGGGUUCUCUUUCAUGUUAACAUGUUGUGGUUCUAAGUUUAUUUGCCAUUAAAAUGAGUCCACCUUUCAGGCCAUGAGAUGAAGAAUUUGGUCCUGAGAGGUGACCCCUGCUGGCUCCUCUUCCUUCCUCUCCCCUCUACCCCAGGACUUCAUAGGAAGACUGUGGGAUUAGAUGAUACAAGUAACCAUGUGUCCAGUCACCAUGGAGAAGACAUCUGCAUGCACCCCACCCACCCCACCCCAUCCCACACUGGCAGCCACAGCUGUUUGCCCAAAUGGGCCUUGGCUCUAGGGCCAACUCCAUGGGGAAAUCAGAGCAGCUGCAUUGUGUGUGUUCCUAAUCUCCAUGCUAGAGACACACCUGGUUUCUCUAAAAGUGUGGUCAGGGGUCAGCUUCAUCAGAACCACCAUGUGGAAAACACACAUUCCUUACUUAGUUCCUUCCAGACCAGAGGCCAGGUGGAACACAGAACCCUGCGUUCCCUGGAAAUUCUGAGAACAAAAAGCAUCUCUUGGCCUUGGUGCAUUGACAAAGUCACUGUCUCCCAUUUUGGAGAGCAUGCUAGGGCCAUUUUUUAAAAAGAGCUGGUUUGAGAUUUGAGAUUGUUUACCAAUGUCUACUAAUCAGCAAUUUAUUUGAUUAAUGAUUAAUAUCUUUUUCCCCAACAACCUUUGUUUGAGCUCAGCUAUAACCAGGACAGCUGGUAAACCUGCCUAGUAAACAGCCCAACAACCUUUGACUAAACUAAUAACCUAUUCUGCUGGGACCAGACAUCUCUUUUGUCUAUAAUGACUCCUCCUCAAAGUCCAGUAGUAAUAACCAAAAUAGUGAUAGAUGAUUUUGCAUUUUAUGAAUUUGGCCUUGUAGAUUUUCAAAACUUUAUUUGAAUCACCCUUUGCAGCCCCCUGUUAGGGAUGAGGAAACCCCUUCAAGAGUCGGCUGCUGGCCCAGGACCUCACAGAUGGGAAAUGAGGCUGGGCCUCAGUGCCUGGGUGGGACUGGGUUCUGUUGCACAGUUUUCACCCCUAAUAGAGGUUAGAGCCAUGGCUGCCACUCUUUGUAGCCAGGAGCAACUCCGAACAAGUCCCUUUGUUCUGGGGCAGCUUUAUUUGUAAGGAUUAGUAGCCGAAGGCCGGCACAUCCUGUGCUCAGGAAUGCUAUGUGUCAUUGAUUAGAACUGUGAGUUAAAGGCAGCUGUCCCUUGGACAGGUGGACAGGUUCCCUUGGGUGAGGGAACUACAUGAGGAAGGUUGAAAUGACCACAGGCAUGUUCUCCCCUUGGCCCCGAUCAGGCAGGCACCUGUUCUCUGGUGGCCUUUGAAGUUUGUGAAUUCGGUCCCUGAAAGUAACAUAGUAUUUCCCAGACCUCAGCGUUUUCAGCCUCUGACAUAUCUGUUACAUCUGGAGAGUUUGGGUUUAUCAUUCCCCUGUCUCUUUUUCAUGGAAAGUCACUAAACCCAAUUGAACUAAGAUAACAAUAGCUAUGAAAAGCCUUUGUCCCCACCCACCUUCCCUAAUCCUUGGGACCCUGCUUU